CUGAAGUGUCUGUCUGAUUAACUCUGGAGACGAGCAGUGGACUGAUCCUGGUCUAAGGGCAGAAAACUGACAGAAUAUGCUGGAUCUGAGAACAAUCGGAAAGGUGUACUUCCUCCUGCCACUUCUUCAAGGCACAAUGUCGAAUGAGUGGGGAGUUGAAACACCAUCAGAUGUGACAGCACAGAGAGGCUUGUGUGCCCGGAUUCCAUGCCACUACCGUUAUCCAUCAUAUCUGCAUGAGGAGUUGAGGACUGGUAUCUGGUAUAACGGACAAAAUUCAAAGUCUCAUCCUAUAGUCUUUCACUCCAGCGAUCACAGAAAGGAGAAACAGAAGUUCCGUUAUCGAACCCAUCUGUCUGGAGACUUGAAAGACGAUGACUGUUCCCUGGUUAUAGACAACAUCCGUCGGAAAGAUGAAGGGUGGUACUUUUUCAGGAUUGAAUUUGUCGGAGGUGAUCGUUACAGCUAUCUCCCUGCCACGCAGCUCCGUGUUUCUGAUUUCACAGAUAAACCCACAAUAUUCACUGCUGAAUUUGUUGAAGGAAAGUCUGUGAACAUAACCUGCAUCUUCAACACCACGUGUGAUGGAACUUCACCCACCUUAACCUGGGUCACCCCCAUUGAUGUACCACCAUCAGUCUCAAGCAGUGUAACUCGGUGGCACAACACUCUGACAUAUACUUCUGUCCUGACCAUGACCCCAGCGCUCAAACACCAUGGGCAGAGUCUCACCUGCAGAGUCAGAUACCCAUCUGUUUCAUCGGAGCAGACCCUCACACUAACUGUGCAGUACGCCCCACAGAAUCUCUCAAUCACUUCUACCAACAGCGUGAACAAUUCCUGGGUGAAUAUGAAGGAAGGGAUUCCUACAUCGAUCCUCUGCUCCGUCCAGAGUGUCCCAGUGUCUAAUCUAACGUGGAGACAUCUCGGUGUCACACUGAACACAACAAGUUCCAGCAAUGAACUGUGGCUGGUGUUUCCUCAGGUGACCCCCCAGCAGGCUGGAGUCUAUCAGUGUGUGGCGGGGAAUGAACACGGGACUGCGGAGAGGGUCCUCACCCUCAGUGUGGAGUACGCCCCACAGAAUCUCUCAAUCACUUCUACCAACAGCGUGAACAAUUCCUGGGUGAAUAUGAAGGAAGGGAUUCCUACAUCGAUCCUCUGCUCUGUCCAGAGUUUCCCAGUGUCUAAUCUAACGUGGAGACAUCUCGGUGUCACACUGAACACAAGAAGUUCCAGUAAUGAACUGUGGCUGGAGUUUCCUCAGGUGACCCCCCAGCAGGUUGGAGUCUAUCAGUGUGUGGCGGAGAAUGAACACGGGACUGCGGAGAGGGUCCUCACCCUCAGUGUGGAGUAUAAGCCUGAGAUUUCUCGGGACCCAGGAUGCACUCGGACCCCCGAUGUCAUCACAUGUGUGUGUGCGGCCAGAUCAAACCCACCCGGAGAGCUCACCUGGCACCUCCCCCUCGCCAACCUCAGCGGGAACCAGACGCACGGUCGUUUCCAGACGUGGCAGGUGGCAGACGGGCAGCUGGUGACUGGCACGCUGACCUUGGGUGUGGGCGAGGGAGAGGGGGAUGUGACCGCCCUCUGUACUGUCCGAAACCAACAUGGAGAGGUCAUGUUCGCGGUGUCCCUGUGGAUGAAAGGUGGGGUCUCUGCUGUCUGGAUCACAGUGUUACUCACGAGCAAUGUCAUUCUCAGUAUGCUACUGGCUGGGUUCUUCAUCUCCAGGUACAUCCAGAAACGGGAUGCACGGACCAAGGAGACGGCCUUGGAGAUCCUGGACAGCACCGUCAGCUCCACUGCACACUUGACCGCACCUCAGGUACAGGAGACGGAGAGGCAGAGGACGAGCCAGAUCCCACGGGAAGUUUCACCAGUAAUGCCCGUUGGAGAGGUGGAGGAGUGUGACCCAGUGUACGCCAGCCUGCGGGAACUGCCCAGCGGUGGGGGUCCUGUUCGCAGGGGGGAGACGGUUGUGUACGCAGCUUUGAAAUUCCAGUCAAUCGGGCCAGCCUGAAGGGUCGCAGCGGUGGUGGGCGAAGGGGGGGAGGUUGGGGAGAGAGGCUUCUGGUUCUCCGGGAGAUGGCCAGUGCUGUAGGGAACAUUGCAGCCAACUACACAGCAGGAUCCCACAGACCACUGGGUCCCACAGACCCGGGUUACCACCUACUUUCUAAUCAUGUUCAUUCAUAUCAAGCGAAACUGGAGACUCGCUGAUUCAGACAAAUAAAAUCACAUUGCUUUUAUUCAGGGGGCGCAGGGUGCACAGUGAAAUGACAGAAUCGCUCAGGGAAUGCCGCUUGAGAGUGGGAGGAGCUAUUCAGGGGGGAGUACAGUGGAUCACUGUUGGGAAGAAGGACCUUGGUUCCCAUCAGCUGAGGGGUGGGGGGGCCAUGGCCGGUAUUCAUCCCUCUACUUAGAGAUGGCUUGGGUCACCCUCGUUGCUGUGGACUGAUUACCACAUUCCCCACGUGACAUCAGUGAGCGGACUUCAAGAUAUCUGAGUCCUGGGGGUGGGGGGUUGUGGGGAUAAAUUCAGACUGUCCCAGAAGGCUGCUGGUUCCCUCCACCAGGUUACCACCUCAUGUUGGAGUCACAGACAGAGGCAGAAUAACUGGGUCUGUGAGGAGGACAGAGAACAUGUGGGGGUGUGGAGUGGAUGUAAUGUACAAACACGUGUGUGGGCCCAGACUCUGCAGCUCCAAUAUCAUUUGGGACAAAUCUCUGCACUGUGCACAGGUUGCUGAUGGUUACAACGCAGGUACACUGGGCAUGUGAAGGGAAACACUGCAUUAGCAUUAAUUGAUCCAAGUUCAAGGACAGAGAUAUCUUGCCAAAAUCAUACGUGCUCCUGAAACAUUGACCUGUUUCUCCUUGCACAGAAGGUGCCUGGAUGGUUGGAAUAUCACAGCCAGCUCUGGGCUCCGUGUGAAGGGGAGUUUACUCGUGGGGUGGUGGGGGCUCAGACACUGCCUGUGUUUAGUGAUAGUACUGAUUUGUUGGAUAGUAAUGGAACCGGUGGGCAUGGGGUUAGGGGAGGGAAGUGACGAUCAGGUCAAUAAUCAGUUAUAUUAAUUGAAUAAUGGACCAGAGACGAUCUUGUCCUGAUAUUACGGGUUAUGUGGUUUUCUGCUGCUGUAGUUCACCCACUUCAAGUUUCUACCUUUGCGCACACAGAGAUGUUGUUCUGCACACCACUGUUGCUACUGAUGGUUAUUUGAGCUACUGUCACCUUCCUGUCAGCUGAACCAGUCUGCCCAUUCUUCUCUGAGUCUCUCAUUAACAAGGUAUUUUCAAAAUUGCAAAAUUAACAAAAUUGCAGCUCACCAGUUUUUAUUUUUUUGUUUGUUUGUUUUCACACCACACGAUGUAAACUCUAGAGACCGUUGUCCAUGAAAAUCCCAGGAGAUCAGCAGGGUCUGAGAUACUCAAACCACCCUGUCUGGCACCAACAAUUAUUCCACAGUCAGUCACUUAGAUCACAUUUCUUCACCACUCUGAUGUUUGGUGUGAACCUCUUGACCAUGUCUGGAUGCUUUUAAGCAUGAAGUUGCUGCCAGAUGAUUGGAUGUCCCUAAUAGAGUAAUCACUGAGUGCAUGUUGCACAGAGGAUUUGUCUAAUGUUACAUUUAUUAAAAGUGGGAUUAAGCACA